GAAUAUCCUGCAUCUUGUAUUCUAUAUCUUGUCUGUAGUAUUUGAAUGUUCAUAUGCAACGUAUACCGGGUAGCAGUCAUUUAUAAAGUAAAAUUGACAUCAAGAAAUAAUUAAUUGAAUGUUUUUUUUAUAUAUUAAUACUUUUGUGAUAUUUAAUAUUAUCUUGUAAACAAGAGGAAAAUGUUUAAAAAAUUUGACGAAAAAGAUAGUAUUUCUGGUAUACAGCAAUUAAAAUCAUCAGUUCAGAAAGGAAUUCGUUCAAAGCUUUUGGAACUUUAUCCUUAUUUAGAAGGUUAUGUUGAUGCCAUAAUUCCAAAAAAAGAUGCUUUUCGAAUUAUAAAAUGUCAUGACCAUAUAGAGAUUAUAGUAAAUGCAACAGGAGAUCUUUUAUUUUUUCGUCAACGUGAAGGGCCUUGGAUGCCUACUUUAAGAUUGUUACAUAAAUACCCAUUUUUUCUACCAAUGCAACAAGUUGAUAAAGGUGCUAUACGGUUUGUUCUUAGUGGAGCUAAUAUUAUGUGUCCUGGUUUAACAUCAAAAGGUGCAAAGAUGACACCUGUAGAAAAAGGAACAGUUGUUGCUGUUAUGGCAGAAGGUAAGCAACAUGCUUUAGCUGUAGGUGUUACUACUUUGUCAACAGAUGAUAUAAUUAAGGUGAACAAAGGAAUAGGCAUAGAGAAUUGUCAUUAUUUAAAUGAUGGACUUUGGCAAAUGAAAUCUGUGAAAUAAAAGACUGAUGUACAUUGUCUGAGACGUAAUGUACAGGUAUCUUAACUAUUGUAUGAAUGUAUCUUUUGGCAUUUUUAAAAAUGAGAUGUGCUGUGAAAUGAUAAUUUUAAUUACAAUAUUAUUUUCAAAAUAAAAAAGAUUAAUAAUGCAUUUUUAUUGUACAAAUUGAAUGAAUAUGACAAUUUUAUUAUAACUAUUUAAAUGCAUCAAUAUUAUUUAAAUGUAUUUUAUGGUUCACAUAAAAUCAAUAGAAGUCUAUAAAU